AUGGCGGCUCCGCAAAUCUCUCGCUCGGGAAUAAAGAAUAAAUGGUACUUUACCCGCGAACAGAUCGAAAACAGUCCUUCUCGUCGAGCGGGACUUGACCCUGAUAAAGAAUUAUCGUACAGACAACAGGCUGCUAAUCUUCUGCAGGACAUGGGACAACGGCUCAAUGUAUCGCAGCUCACGAUCAACACUGCCAUCGUGUACAUGCAUCGCUUCUACAUGAUCCAGUCUUUCACUCGCUUCCACCGAAAUGUGAUCGCCCCUGCUGCGCUUUUCUUGGCAGCGAAGGUUGAAGAGCAACCACGCAAGCUGGAGCAUGUGAUUAAGGUGGCCCAUGCCUGUCUCAAUCCCCAGGAGCCUCCUCUAGACUCCAGGAGUGAUACUUACCUGCAACAAUCCCAAGACCUGGUCAUGCUUGAGAGCAUUAUACUCCAGACCCUCGCCUUUGACAUCACUAUUGACCAUCCUCACACGCACGUUGUCAAGUGUACACAGCUCGUACGAGCGAGUAAGGACCUGGCCCAGACUUCAUAUUUUAUGGCAACCAACAGCCUGCACCUGACCACGUUCUGCCUACAGUACAGUCCGCCCGUAGUUGCGUGUGUGUGCAUUCAUUUGGCCUGCAAGUGGUCUAACUGGGAAAUACCAGUCUCUAAUGACAGCAAGCACUGGUGGGAGUAUGUUGACCGAAAAGUCACUCUUGAGCUGCUGGAUGAGCUCACACACGAGUUUUUACAAAUCCUGGAGAAGACACCGAGCCGUUUAAAACGCAUUCGAAACUGGAAAGCAUCAGGUCAAACAACGAAGAAGCCGAAGGAGGGCGACAAGACGGAGGCCAUGAUGAACAUGAUCUCCAUGGCAUCCUCUGAAAGCACACUGGCCGGCCUGAUGAGCCUCUCGGUUCCUCCUUCAACCUCAGAGUCCGAUAGUCCCACGUUGUCUGCGGAGGAUAAGCAGCCUGUCUUCAAAGUGCCUAACCCACCAGAACCACCUGCUCCCACGAGAGUAUCUCUGAGUGAGUACCGUGCCAAGCACGCUGACGAGCUCGCCGCACAGAAAAAGAAGCUGGAAAACAUGGAGGCCUCUGUAAAGCGUGAGUAUGCCACAGCUGCCCAGGCCCUCAUGAACCAGCAAAGAAAGGAGAAGCAUCAUCAUAACCACCACCAGCAGCAAGCUGGCUCGAGCUCCUCAGAGCCUAUCGUCUUAAAGAUUCCGCUAGAUGAGAAGCAGGAUCGCGGCUCUAUCAAAAUGCGCCUGCCGAACAGCAGCAGAGGAGCCGAGCAGGACCUGAAGUUAAAGCUCCGCAUCCCAGAGAAACGAUCAGGUCCAGGGGAUGACGGAAAGAACAAAGAGAAGCACAGAGAGCGGUCUAACCAUCACCACCACCACCAUCACAAUCAUCACCAUCACCACUCUUCAGGGAGUAGCUCCUCCUCCUCAUCAUCAGCGCACAAACACUCCAGCUCUUCGAGCACUUCCGCAAGUAGCAAGAAAUCAGACCCGACAAGAACAAGCUCAUCUUCCUCGUCCUCUCGAAAGCGAACUCACUCAUCCGAGCCCUCGUCUAGUGGUCAUCCUCCUAAAGUCAGCAAGUCGUCCAGGAAUUCGUACCAGCUGCCCCCACUGCCUACUGACAUCCUGCCCUCGCUUGCGCUUGCACACAAUCAGGGAAGUUACUCGCACCCCAAAUUGGACAAGGCUGACACCAACGGGCAUGGCGCCGGCUCAGGGGGUCAGUCGAACGAGUAUCAGGACACAUUUGACAUGCUGAAUUCUUUGCUGAGCGCCCAGGGAGUGCAGCCUGCACAGCCCCAAAUGUUUAACUAUCACUCCCAAUUCGGCGAAUACAGAUACAGUGCAAGUUCAAGAGGCGGGAACCCACAACCUCCGCCGCUUCCUGCGGAACCCCCUCCAAGGCUUCCACCACUGCCCGAAUGAACCCCCUCACCCCCAAACACCGUCCCAGGCUUCCCAGAUUUCAUCCUUCCUUCAUUUAUAUUUCCAUCACGUGCAUUUAGAUAUAUGGAAAAUGAACCAAUAUGCACAUACUCCUACAGCCUGUUCAAUCCACCCCCAAUCAUCCUCGGUGUCUUUGUGCAUGGGUGGUUCCAUGGCACCCAAACGUGUGGCAAUAAUGGCUAUAACUAUAAAAUAUAAACUAUUAAAACCUAGCAAAAAAAAUGUAAAAGCAAAAUGUUAUUUAUUUAAAAAAUGUACAUACUAUUUUUGUCACUCAGUUUUAUAUAUGCAUUAUGUCUAAAUGGUGAAUAAUAGGAAUUGUGUAACUGAGCAAGGGGGACCGUUUGUGUUUUGGUGGUCAUCCUCUUUGAGUAAAUGUUGACAUGAAAAACGAAAGAUUUGUUUUUACAAAUGGGUUUUUAACAAUUUAACUAAUUAGUGUCUCUCUUUUUUUUAAGAAACAAAACAAAACACAAUAUUUAUUGAUAGUCUUUUAAAAUGUAACUAGAGGUUUGUCUGGUUUUGUUUGUUUUUUUUGCUAUGGAAGUCAUUUGGAUUUAUUUUUAUAUUGGUUUAGCCCUGUUUGCAUCGUGUUAGUCGAAGUUGAAGACAAAAAAAAAAACCUAAUCCAUGCAAAUCUGGUUAGUUAGUGUUUUUGUUCAGCCAAGUGUUCAUGAUAUGAAGUGGACAUGCAAUAUUUUUCCCGUUGAAGAGAAAAAAAAAGUUUGCAUUUGUUAAGAAUUUAUGGGCCCUUUGGGGAAGCAGUCAUUGUUUUAAAUGCUUGUAAAUUGUGCUCAAAUUCAACUGAGUAUAUAUUUAGUUUUUCAAUUUGAUACCACCCCAGGCAGUAUCUAAUGUAGUUGUGUGUUUUUUUUGGUUUUGGUUUUUAUUUUGUUUUGUUUUUUGCAUCACACAAUGAGGCAACAUAAAAACGUCAGUCUGUGCAUGCUUAUUUUUUUAUUUUUUAUUUUUUCUUUUGCAGAAUAUAAAUACCGUGUAUUGGCAGAAGAGACCACAAGCCAUUGUGAAGCAUUUAUAGACUUUUAUAAACUCAUAACCCAUAUUCAAAUAAUCUGCUUGAAUAUGUCUACCAAAGUUGUAUGCAGCAAAAAGGAUGUAGAACAUAUAGAGAAACCCAUCCUUAACCAUGCGUGGGGUUUUUUUUGUUGUUGUUUUUUUCCCUUCCCCCUUUCGUUUUGUUUUACAGUAGGAAAAAAAUAUUUUUUUUUUUACUUUAAAAAUUUAUGCUCAGCUCAAUUCUGAGACAUGAAACGAUUUAUUCCAUCGCAUUAACGUUGCUGUUGUGCCUGACUCCGAUUACAAUAUCGAAUUGGACAGAUUGCCGAUUGUAUCCGUCCUUGCAUUACACAAGCGUUCACAAAAAGCUCUGCAUGCUAACUGUUUAGUUUGAGAGUAUUAUUACCACUUGUUCCUCCGAGGCUCUUUUCUGCCAUGACUCCUUACCAAAAGCAUGAAGCACACACUCCUUAACUCUCCCUACUGAAUAUUUAGAUGGUGCUGGAGAUAAAGGGGUCACACAAGAUGUUUUCUUUGUUUUUGUUUUUCUGUUAUCAUCGUAGCAGAUUCCUGGUAUCAUGAGGAUGUGGAAAGGUCGAAUCUCAAGUCUCGUGCAAUCACCACUUCAUCUUUUCACGCCUGCAAAGAAAAGAUUUCUUUUGUUUGUUUGUUUGUUUGUUGUCGUUUUUGUUUUAUUAAAUGUAUACACCACACUAUGUUCAGUGGUACCACAUGAACUCUCAGGUUUCAGAUUUGAAUUCUUGGAACAUUUCUUGGCAGAAGAAACUUUGUGAACUCUGUUCCUUUUUCUAAAUGUGAUUGAUAUCUCAUGUAAAUAAAUGUUUUAUGAGAA